GAUAUCUUAUUUAGCGGGCGAUGCUGCACGAGUUAUAUCAAAUUUGGAGGUUUCCGAGGCUAACUAUAAAGAUGCGUGGCGUUUACUUUGCGAGAGGUACGACAAUAAACGACAGCUUUUAAAUCAUCAUUUGAAUGCUCUCUUCAAGAUUGAACCGUUGAGUCGCGAGUCCGAACGAUCUUUGCGCUUUCUUGUGGACCAUGUUACAAAAAAUUUACGUGCAUUGUCUAGUCUCGGGCAAUCUACCCAAUAUUGGGACAUUUUAAUAAUUCACAUGGUCUCUUCGAAACUAGACACGUGCACUUUAGUUAAGUGGGAGGAAAUGCGUAACUCUUUGGAUGAGGUACCUACGCUAGAACAAUUUAAUAAAUUUUUAACCGAUCGAGCUGAUAUACUUGAAACGUUAAAUCGUAACAAAUUAGACAAGAUGAAGGCAUCAAGUGGCUUCUCUCGGCCCACAGGCUCUAAUGUUAACAAUGAAAGAGUACAUACGAAAUCAUUUUCUUUCUUACAAGGUGACAACAAAAUUAACAAUUUCAAAUCUUGUAUUAUUUGUAAGGGUGAGCAUAAAAUAUAUGAGUGUGAAAUAUUUAAGGCUAAAAGCUACGAAAAUAAAAUUAGUGACAUUCGUAAAUUCAAACUUUGCAUGAACUGUUUAAGGGAGGGUCAUCAGCCUCACAACUGCAAAUUAGGUCCAUGUCGUGUAUGCAAAAGAAAGCAUAACACGUUACUACAUCAAACAAAGACUGAUUUUAGUUCUUUAAAUUCUACUGACACAAUUGUCAAUUUUUCUACACAACCAACAAAUCAAAUAUUACUUUCUACUGCCAUAAUUGAAGUGCAAAAUCCAAAAACUAAGGAGGCAAUUAAAGCCCGUGCGUUGCUUGAUUGCGGAAGUCAAUCAUCGUUCAUAAGCAAAAGGCUUAAAGAUUUCUUGCAAUUAGAGUCAAGUUCUAUAAAUAAAAUUAGUGUUAUAGGUAUUGGCAACAACUUGUCUGACUACAUAACAGAAAGUUGCAUUGCUCAACUCAAUUCCAUUCACGAAAAUUACAAAAUAUCUUUAGAUUGUUUUGUGCUCAAAGAGCUAACAGGAGCUAUCCCUGCUACUACAAUCAAUUUACACAAUGUCGAAUUUCCAAAAGACGUUACACUUGCCGAUCCAAAUUUUAACAUUCCCUCGUCCAUCGAUAUACUUAUAGGUGCAGACUUAUUUUGGGAUGUUCUCGGUAAUGAUGUGAAAUCUAUAAAUUCAAGACACAACAUUAAACUAAGAAAUUCUAAGUUUGGUUGGUUAAUCACAGGUUCUAUAUCAAACAAUUUAUCUACUACUAAGAAAAUUCAAUGUCAUAAUUCAAUUUUAGCUAACAAUUUACAAAACGAAAAUAUCAAUGAUUUAUUACAAAAAUUUUGGACUAUCGAAGAAGUUCCUAAUAAAUCGAAGCUUACAAAAGUCGAAAGAGACUGUGAGCAACAUUUCAUAAAAAAUACAAUUCGCUUACCUAGUGGAAGAUUUUCAGUUCAACUUCCUUUGAUUGAUACACCUGAUUGUUUAGGUAAUUCUUAUAAUAUGGCGCUGCAAAGAUUUCUAAAUUUAGAAAAACGUUUUAGGAAGUAUCCACAAUUAAAAACACAGUAUUCCAAUUUUAUCAAUGAGUAUUAUGAACUAGGGCAUUUGGAAGAGCUACCAAAUACAGCCUUUCUAAAACAAUCUCAUUUUCUCUGUCAUCACGCAGUAUUUAAAGAAAAUAGUGAGUCUACUAAAAUUAGAGUAGUUUUUGAUGGUUCAGCUCCAACUACUUCAGGGUUUUCGCUUAAUGAUAUCCAAAUGGGUCUAGAUUGGGAUGAACCUGUUCCCAAGGAUAUAGAAAGGUCAUGGGAAGAAUUUAGUAAUAGUUUACCACAUCUUCUAAAUGUAAGUGUACCUCGUAGAGUACUGUGCGAAAACUACAAUUAUGUUGAAUUACAUUCAUUUAGUGACGCAUCAUUGCGGGCUUUUGGAGCUUGUAUCUACCUUAGAUCUAUAAAUAAUGCAGGUAUAAUUAAUGUUCAAUUGUUGUGUUCUAAGUCGAAAGUUUCUCCUAUUAAGCCGACAACGAUACCCCGCUUAGAACUAUGCGCAGCACUUUUAGCAGCAAAGUUAUCGAAGGCGGUGGUGGCAUCUCUUAGAUGUACAGUCGCUCGUCAAGUACACUGGUGCGAUUCUACUGUUGUCCUUGGAUGGCUUCGUGCUGAUUGUCAUAAAUUAAAAACAUUCGUAGCAAAUAGGGUUAUCGAAAUUUCAGAGCUUUCAGAUAUUUCAUCAUGGCAAUAUGUACCUACUUCAUUGAAUUCAGGGGAUCUAGUGUCAAGAGGUGUCGCACCUAAGGAUAUAAUUUCGAAAAAAACCUGGUGGAAUGGCCCACUGUUCUUAUCUAAACCAGAAUCAGAGUGGUGUAUUCCUUCGCCAGAUGUCCCAAAUGAAGUUAAUUUGCCUGAGAUUAAAUUAAUUUCUUCUGCAGGUGUAGUAAACGAAGCUACGGAAGUAAGCAUAAUUGAAAUUGAAAAAUAUUCUAAAUUUUCAAGGGUUCACAGAGUUUUAGGAUAUGUUAAACGAUUUAUUUUUAAUUUAAGAAACAAAACUAAUAAACGUCUAGGAGUUUUAAGUUUGGAUGAGUUAAACGACGCUUUCCAUAGUCUAUGUAUGAUUUCUCAAAAGGAAUCUUUUCCUAAAGAAUAUAAAUUAUUAGAAAUGGGUAAAUCUAUUAGUAACAAGUCAAGCAUCUUGUCUUUAACACCUUUUUUCGACAAUAAUUUAAGGCUAAUACGAGUUGGUGGAAGACUGAAUAAUUCAGAUCUUGAUGUGGAUCAACCUGUAAUAACAGUCGCUCAGGCCAUUGAAGUAUCUCAAAUUGUUGUUCCUGCACCAUCCGCAAUCGACAGUGACGCCACUGAUGCCGAAGAUAUAGAAGUUGAUCAACCUGUAAUUACACCCACCAAGGCUAUUGAUAUAGGUCCGGUUGUUGCUAAUUUUGAGAAUAUGAGUCAACUCACAAUCACAAACCCUACAUCUCAACCUCCCCGUGAACUUAACCAUAAAGUAGAUGAACUUGCAACAACCACUGAGACAACAGAUAAAGCUCCAAUAGGGUUAAUAACUCCUGAAGCAAUAAGACCUUAUCCAAAAGCGGCUCCUCGUACUGGAAGAAAAGGAAGAAAGAAAGGUUCCUCACGUAUUUUAACUGACACUCCAGAAAAACUCGCAAUAGAAGCAGCAUAUCUAGACCGUCUUAAACGCAAACCUUCAAUUGUUCCUUUAUCAAAACGAGGUAAAUCUAUGGCUAAAAAUACUUCUACAAAAUCCAAGAGGAAGAAAACUUCGCGAGGUGAUCAAUCAAACUCAGAAUCAGAUGGAAACAUAUCUUUGCAUGAUGAUUCUGAUAUGGAGGCAAGUGACAGUCUAAGUAGUUCUGAGUUUGAUGCUCAAGUUGCCGAGGGAGAAUCAUUUCAAUAUUUGAGAUAUGAGGAUUUAAAUGAAAAUGAUUAUGUGUUGCCCCUAGACGCCCUCAAUGCCGUAGAAAACUCGAAUCGCAAAAUAGUGUAG